GGUUUAUAACCUUCCUGGUAAAUCAGACGGAAAUGUACAUUUCAAGUUAAAAGCUUGUGUCUAAUGACGACAUCCUCUCUAAGCUGUAGUGUUUGUGACCUACGUCACAUUACAAAACCAUCCAUAGUCUGGUGUACAGAAUGUGACGAAGGACUAUGUACAGAAUGCCAAGAACAUCAUAGUUUAUCUAAGGCAUCGAGAAGACAUAACGUGAUUCCUAUAGUUGAAUAUCAGAAAUGACCAACUGAUGUACUGAAAAUUUCUCCGUACUGUAUCAAACACCAUGAAAAGUUUCAAACAUAUUGCUGUAAGCAUGAAUGUCCCUGCUGCAGUAAAUGUGUUGUAGAAAGCCAUAUAGUAUGCCAGGAUGUCAUCAAUUUAGAUGACGUAAUCCAAAACGCCAAAACAUCCAAUGCCCUGUGCGAAAUAGAGGAAACAUUAGUUGAAGUUGCAGAAAAUCUACAGAAAAUUCGUCAGCACCAACAGGAUAAUUUCUCAACUUUCAAAGAAAAGAGAAAGGGAUUCGAAAAAGAAAUAAAGCAGACCAGAAUAAAGAUCAACAACCACCUCGACAAACUACAAGAAGAUUUAAUAAAACAACUCUAUUUGAUCGAAGAAAAAGAAAACGCGAAAAUUUGUCAGUUAUUGUCAUCAUUAGAAAAGACACAAAGAGAAAUAGCAGAAUGCCAGAUAAAAAUUACGAAUAUAAAGACACACGCACCGGACCUUCAGCUGUUUCUUUCAGUGAAGCAAAUAGAGAAAGACGUCUAUAGCAAAGAUAAAUACCUGCAGUCGCUUGUAGAAGGCGAGCAAUUGAAGAUGAAUUCUCUUUCAUAUAAGGUCAACACUUCUAUCCAGAAUAUCAUGUCCGAUAUCAUAAGAUUUGGAGAAGUGCGUAUGAAAUAUACAUCGUGCGAUAUCCUUCUGAUCCAGAAAAAGGUCAAACAAGCCAAAAUGAUGGUACCAACCGCCCAGUCAAGAUCCAUUGAAAAUAUAAGGCUAAUGAUACACAAGACCAUUAACACUGAUGGGGGAAACUACGGAUGUUGCAUGCCACCGGAUGGUAGAUUGGUGUUUACUUCCUACCUUGCACGGACUGUAAAAGUAUUCAACAAUGAAGGAGUAAAAGACUUUGAGGUGAAGAUGCUGUGUCGACCGUUUGAUAUAGUGUACAACAGUGAGGACAAUACAUUGGCUGUAUCAUCUGGUGAUUCAGAGAAGCGUUGUAUUACCAUUAUAGACCCGAAGAGGAAACAAAUCCAGAAAACAAUUUCACUGGAUUCGAAAAAUUAUGGUAUAGCACUGAAAGAUAAUCAAUUGAUGUAUUCCGGUUACGACAAAGGUAUACGAAUGAUUAAUCUGCACGACGAAUCUAUAAGUGAUGAAGUUCGAGACCAAAUGCCCAAUGACUGUUACAUUGCAACAUUUAGGGACAAUAUAUAUCAUACAAAUCCAUCAUCACACACUGUUACAUGUUAUAAUCUACAAGGUGGAAUACAAUGGACAUUCCAUAAUAAAAGUGUUCUGAUGUCUCCUCAUGGUAUUGAUGUAGAUAAUGAUGGUAAUGUGUACGUGGUGGGGUACAUUUCGAACAAUUUGGUAGUUAUCUCCCCCGAUGGACAACGACACAGAGAAAUAUUGACAGAAGGUGAUGGUCUUCAACAUCCUACUUCACUUCAGUAUAGUGGACAAAAGAAUCAGUUGCUUGUUGCGAACUAUAACAACAAGGCUUGUUUGUUUAAUCUGAAUUGAAAAAAGUGUACACUUAAAACUUCUCUCUCUCUCUCUUUAGAUCAUUCUAUGAAUUGUUUAUAAUAAAAAGAUUUCGAAAACCUAUUUUAUUUCAGAUAUACAAUGUGUAGUGUUUGGUUGACGCAAAAUUGUUAAUCAUAUAUAGUUGUUAGGCGUAUGCUAGAUGUGGCUUAUACUAUUACAUAUCUAUCUAAUAUGUUGUCACAACUACAAGAAUGUAAACCCAAAUGUAUCUAGAAAAGUCUUACAAUAAAGUUCAACUCAACUAAUAA